AUGAGCCUGGCUGGGAGAGCCGGACGAGCCUGGACUCGAGAAUGGCUGCGGAAUUCCAGCAGUCAUGGCUUCAACGCCUCUAUCAACACCUCUAGAUGGUCGCUGUUUCGAGGUCCGUACCGCAGCUUCGCCUCGCAGGCAAAGCCAACGCCUGCGCAGCUCGAGGCGCGGAUUGCUGCAAUUCCCAUUGAGCGGUACAGAAACUUUUGCAUCGUUGCGCACAUUGACCAUGGCAAGAGCACGCUGAGCGACCGGCUGCUGGAGCUGACAGGCACCAUCUCGGCCAGCGAUGCGAACAAGCAGAUUCUCGACAAACUUGAUGUCGAACGCGAGCGAGGCAUCACCGUCAAGGCGCAGACGUGCACCAUGAUAUACAAGCACAACGGCGCCGAUUACCUCCUCCAUCUCGUCGACACGCCGGGCCACGUCGAUUUCCGUGCCGAAGUCACACGUUCGUAUGCCAGCUGCGGCGGUGCGCUACUCCUGAUCGACGCCAGCCAGGGUAUCCAGGCGCAGACCGUGUCCAACUUUCACCUAGCCUUUGCGCAGGAUCUGGCGCUGGUUCCCGUCAUCAACAAGAUCGACAUGCCGUCGGCCGAUGUGCCCCGUGUGCUGGACCAGAUGGAGACGAGCUUCGAAUUGGAUCCCAAAAAGGCUGUGCUGGUGAGCGCAAAGACGGGCAAGGGCGUGGGUGCUCUUCUGCCGGCGGUGGUGGAGGGGAUUCCGCACCCUGUUGGUGAUGAGAACAAGCCGUUGAAGAUGCUCCUGGUUGAUUCUUGGUACGACACUUUCAAGGGCGUAGUCCUUCUGGUGAGGCUAUUCGACGGAACUAUCAAGACUGGAGACAAUGUCGUGUCGCUGGGCACAGGCAUGAAGUACACGGUUGGCCAGGUCGGCAUCCAGUACCCCAAUGCAACGCCGCAGUCGGUUCUUCGUGCGGGCCAAGUCGGUUAUGUGUACUUCAAUCCGGGCAUGAAACGUAUUCAAGACGCCAAGCUAGGCGACACCUUCACUACGGUCGGAGAUGAAGACGCUGUCGAGCCGUGUCCUGGCUUCGAGGAGCCCAAACCCAUGGUGUUUGUUGCGGCGUUUCCUACCGACCAGAGUGACUACACCCGUCUCGCCGAUAGCAUCAAUCAGCUUGUGCUCAACGAUCGUAGCGUGACGCUGCAAAAGGACUUUUCCGAGGCUCUUGGGUCGGGAUGGCGUCUUGGAUUCCUGGGCAGCCUUCAUUGCUCAGUGUUUCAGGAUCGUCUGAGACAGGAGCACGGCAAGAGCAUCAUCAUCACGGAGCCUACUGUGCCUACCAAGAUUGUGUAUGCCGACGAGUCAGAGGAGAUUGUGCAGAAUCCAGCUUUGUUUCCCGAUUCGAGCGAUCACCGGAUUAGAGCUGCCACAUUAUAUGAGCCCUAUGUCAAAGCGACAAUCACGGUUCCUGAAGAGUACCUCGGCCGAGUCAUUGAGCUUUGCGAGGGCAACCGCGGAGAGCAAAAGAGCCUCGAGUUUUUCCAUACCGACCAGGUUAUUCUGUCGUACGACGUUCCCGCCUCACAGCUAGUCGACGAUUUGUUUGGAAAGCUAAAGGGCGUGUCAAAAGGUUAUGCGACUCUCGAUUACGAGGACGCAGGUUGGCGCCAAAGCAAGCUGGUCAAGCUUCAGUUGCUUGUUAAUCGACAGCCCGUCGAUGCCAUUUGCCGGGUGGUACAUUCGACACAGGUUGAUCGUCUAGGCCGCCAAUGGGUCACCAAGUUCAAGGAGCAUGUCGAUCGGCAAAUGUUUGAGGUCGUGAUCCAAGCUGUUGUGGGCAACAAAGUCAUUGCCCGAGAAACCAUCAAACCCUUCCGGAAAGACGUCCUUGCAAAGCUACACGCGAGCGACAUCACCAGACGGAGAAAACUGCUGGAGAAGCAGAAAGAGGGUAGAAAGAGGCUUAGAGCGGUGGGCAACGUGGUGAUUGACCAGUCGGCGUUCCAAAGUUUCUUGUCAAAAUAG